AACAUAAUCAUACUGACAGCUCGUAGGAACGGCGUGUUAAUUUAAAUCUGGAAACAUUUUGUAUUCAUUAAUGUUUAACAUAUCAAGCCAUUUGUAACGGACUUUGUAGUAUCACUGGUGCAAAGGACAGACAAAAUAUAUCAAGGUGAUUAAAGACUUCUUCUUUGUCAGAGCGUGUGAGUGAACCUUACAGUAUUAAUGUUAGAUAUAUCGAAACUCGGACCUACGACAAUGAGUGAUUCUGAGGAGAGUCAGGGGGACCCGAGCAGCCCGGGUACCCCCAGCGUGGUGGAACUCAAGAAGGCGGUAACGGACAUGGACGGUGAUGGGCUUCCGGAGAAGAUUCAGGAGGCCGUCUCUCACGUGCUGAAAGGGUACGACUGGUCCCUUAUCCCCAUGCCACAGCGCGGGCCUGGUGGGGAGAAGCGGAAGCCGCAUAUCAAACGGCCAAUGAACGCAUUCAUGGUGUGGGCCCAGGCCGCCCGUCGGAAGCUGGCGGACCAGUAUCCCCACCUUCACAAUGCAGAACUCAGCAAGACAUUGGGGAAACUAUGGAGGUUACUGAACGAGGAAGAGAAACGGCCGUUCGUGGAUGAGGCGGAGCGGCUGCGCGUACAGCACAAAAAGGACCAUCCAGACUACAAGUACCAGCCACGCCGCCGAAAGCCACUCAAGAACCCCGGCCAGGAUAACAAUAACCCCAACCCGCUCCCGAAAGGCAUCAUGUUCAAGGGUCUGGACGGCUCCCCCGGGAACAUGAGCGACGACAGUAGCAACUGCUCCAGCCCGCACAACCCGCACGGGCCGCCCACACCUCCGGCCACUCCCAACCACCAUGAACUCAUCAGUAUGCAGAAGUGCAUGAACGAACGCCUCCGAGGCAGACACCUACCAGGUCACCCACAGGCUCAGCCCAUCGAUUUCAGCCGAGUAAACCUGCAGGAUCUUGGCGUACCGGAAGUGAUUCCCCUGGACACGUUUGAUGACCACGAGCUGGACCAGUAUCUUCCCAACGGCCUUCCGAAUACACACAUGACUGCUCACAGCCAGGAGUAUCCAUCUUGUUACCAGGGAAACACAGUGACGUCUACAGCCUCGUCAUGGUCCGGAGUGUUCCGCCCCGCCACCGGUUCAUGCAUGCAGUCGUACAACUCACAGAACGCCACCAAUACCACCGCAAUCAACAACAGCAACAUCAACAACAACAUUCCAUCACCUUACGAUCUGUCUAGCGCCGGAUCGCCGCCUCAGUCCGCCCACUCGCCAAACAACGGCAUCCAGAACUCCCAGCAGACGUCCCCGUCCGCCGGCAUGCACAGCCCCAGCUACCCCGGUACGCAGUCCAGUCAGACAUGUAAAAUGAGGGACGAGGCGGAAGGGGUCAAGCUCGAGCCCGUCAGUCACUCCCGAGGCCCAGCACCCAGAUACCAUUGUGAUACAAAGUUUGACUAUACUAAUGUUGCAGGUCCUCGCUUCGAAGGGGGUGCUCAUCAGAACAUGGCAUACGCCAGUUCGAAUGCGCAUGCGCAAUACAUGCACUCGUUGAACUAUCCUCACAUGAGCAUGUCGCGCCAAAUGUUCAACCCCAUAGCGGCGGCCGUGCCGGGGGAACAGCAAUGGGAACGGUACACGUGAGAGGCACACCCGUGACGUCAUCACGUGUAACUGUGUCAUUCACAGAGGGAGUGAGAUGGUUCGACCAUCAGAUCCAGUAUUGUUGAGUUGAGUAAGCACUAACUAGCUAUGGUGUUUGAAAUGGAGGUGACGUUGGAGUAGCAAGUGCUAAUAUAUAUGCGAUGGUGACCUUCAUGGCAAAGUAGACGAAUGCCUAAAUUCAGUGCCUUAGAUAAUAGAAAGGUGCCUUAAAACCUUUUACAUAUACAUAAGUAUCUCAUUUGUUCAGUGCUAUAUGGAUGCUUAGCUUUAAUAUUUAUUUUCACUGUAUUAUUUUAUUUUUUCAUUUUCACAUUUUGAAUUAUUAUUAUUAUUAUUUUUAUUAUUAUUAUUAUUAUUAUUAUUAUUAUUAUUAUUAUUAUUAUUAUUAUUAUUAUUAUUGUGUUUGAACGCGAGUCCCUACUUUGAUUAUGUUCUAUAAUGUGUUUGGUUGAAUGUUGUUCCUGUCUCGUGUUUCCAUCAUUCCAUCUCGUCUCAGAAGAUCCCCGACACAAUGUCUUCUUCUCAGGAUUGCAAAUCCAACUCGCACAGUCACAGAAUUGAGACAUGAAACAAUAUUGUGCUAAUAUUGAGAUUGAAAGAACUUCAUGGCUUUAUUUCUUGAAUUUUGUUGUUGUUUUAUAUGCCUUUAUCAAACAUUUUCCUGAUAUUCAAAGUUUUAUAAAUACAUGUUGUAUUGGUAUGUGAGGCUGCCCAAUUGUUUGGAGGUGUAUAUCUGUUCUCUCUUCGUAUGUACACUUUAAUGUAAAUAAAUAAUUUUGAAAUGAG